AUGUGUUACUAUAGUGGAUACUAUGGAGGCCUGGGCUUUGGCUAUGGUGGCCUAGGCUAUGGCUAUGGCUGUGGCUAUGGUGGCUGUGGCUGUGGCUAUGGUGGCUAUGGCUAUGGUUGCUGCCGCCCACUGUGUUGUAGAAGAUACUGGUCAUAUGGUUUCUACUGA